CAUCGGGAAAACAUGGCGGCCAAGGCGCUUCGGCAGCGAACCAGGCGAGGAAGCAGACAAGAUGCAAACAACGUCAACGUCUCCGCAGAAGCUCGGCCACCGAAAGAGGAGAAAGGCGUCGAUGACAGUAAAACCACAGAGACCCGACAAGAGUCAAUAAGUCGCGGUGGGCAGGUAUGGGCUCCAGAAGGUUCAACUGCAUUUAAAUGCCUGCUCUCUGCACGUUUCUGUGCAGCUUUGCUCAGCAACAUCUCAGACUGCGAUGAGACCUUCAACUACUGGGAGCCUAUGCACUACCUGCUGUACGGCACAGGGAUGCAAACAUGGGAAUAUUCUCCAUUGUACGCCAUCAGGUCGUACGCCUACUUAUGGUUACAUGCUCUUCCUGCUUGUUUGCAUGCCCACGUUCUACAGACAAACAAGGUGUUGGUUUUCUACUUUGUACGAUGUGUCUUAGCAUUCUCCUGCUGUGUCUGUGAACUCUAUUUCUACAAGGCAGUUUGUAAGAAGUUUGGUUUGCAUGUGGGCCGUCUAAUGUUGGCAUUCCUUGUCCUGAGCACGGGAAUGUUCUGCUCGUCUGCAGCAUUCCUGCCUUCCUCUUUCUGUAUGUACACAACGUUGGUUGCAAUGACGGGGUGGUUUCAGGACUCAACACCACUGGCCGUCAUGGGUGUGGCUGCCGGUGCCAUUGUUGGAUGGCCGUUCUCUGCUCUGGUUGGGAUUCCGAUCGCCUUUGACCUGCUAGUGUUAAAGAGGCAGUGGAAAAGUUUUAUCACCUGGUCGGUUGUUGCUCUGCUUCUGCUGCUGGUACCCCUUGUGGCAGUAGACUCUUUCUUUUAUGGCAAACUGGUUGUUGCUCCACUCAAUAUUCUCCUAUAUAACGUCUUCACACCUCAUGGACCCGAUCUCUAUGGAACGGAGCCUUGGCAUUUCUACUUUGUAAAUGGGAUCCUGAACUUCAACCUGGUGUUUGCGUUGGCACUGUUUUCCCUCCCACUCACUGCUCUCAUGGAGACACUUUUACACAGGUUCAAUGUGCAGAACCUGGGUCGUCCAUACUGGCUGACUCUGUCUCCCAUGUAUCUGUGGAUGUUGGUUUUCUUCACCAGACCUCAUAAAGAAGAACGUUUUCUCUUUCCCAUCUACCCUCUCAUCUGCCUAAGCGGGGCGGUAGCCCUCUCAUCUCUGCAGAAAUGCUACCAUUUCCUGUUCCAGCGAUACCGACUGGAACACUACACGGUUUCCUCCAACUGGUUGGCUCUAAGCUCAGUCGUGGUCUUCACAGUGCUGUCACUGUCCCGCUCUGUCGCUCUCUUCAGAGGCUACCAUGCACCUCUGGACCUGUACCCAGAGUUCCAUCGCAUCGCCAAGGAUCCGACUCUUCACUCAGUCCCUGAAGGCAGACCUGUUAGUGUGUGUGUAGGCAAAGAGUGGUACCGCUUCCCAAGCAGCUUCCUGCUGCCACACAAUUGGCAGCUGCACUUCAUUCAGUCUGAGUUUAAAGGGCAGCUGCCUCAGCCAUUCGCCUUCGGUCCUCUGGCCACACAAACCAUCCCAGCUAAUAUGAACGACCAAAACCUGGAGGAGCCAUCCAGAUAUAUGGAUUUACGGCAUUGCCACUACUUGGUAGAUCUGGACACAGAUGUAGAGACGCCACUGGAGCCGCGUUAUGCAGCCAACAAAGAGGAGUGGAACAUCAUCGCCUAUAAGCCUUUCCUUCAAGCCUCAAAGUCAUCUCCUCUCUUGAGAGCGCUCUACGUCCCGUUUAUAUCAGACCAACACACCACCUACAGGCGAUACGUCAUCUUGAAACCACGGCGGCAAAAGCAGCCUCGUAAGCGGACCCAUGGCUGAGUUUUUAACCUAAACAGGGCCUCAAGUACAAAAAUUUGAACAACAGAAAUCAAUCACUUCCCCUCAAAGCAGCUGGUAUUCGUGUGUGCGUGUGUGCGUGUGUGCGUGCGUGCGUGCGUGUGUGUGUGUGUGUGUGUGUGUGUGUGUGUGCGCGUCUUUUGAAGUAUUUGUGUCAUGAGUCAUUUGAAAAUAUCAGACCCUUUAAUGACAUUAUGUUUACUUUUGGGCUUGUGUGUGUGUGUAACUGAAGAGACAACAUUGUGUAUGUAUGUGUGCAUGGCAGGUAUCAGCUGGACCUGUAUGACAAACAUUUUAUUUCAGCUUGUGUCUCCGUGUGUGUGUUUGUCUGUGUCAAUGAAUGUCUUACAGUGGAUGCACACUACCAAGAUUGUACAUGUAUUUAGCCCAGGAAAGGCCAUUACAUACAAAUAUGAGUGUUUUCUUGACAUACUUCAUGUGAAAAUGUGGCCUGAAUGAAAGAUUUUUUUCUGAAUAACGUAUCGAAGGAAUCUUGUAGUGUUUGCUCAUCUGCACUUGAACAGUAUCUUAUUAUGUGAGUGGUGGCAAUGAAUGAGAGUGCGUUAUUAAUUUAACUUGGAAUGUUAAUAAAAACAUGAUUGACUGUGAA